UCAGCCUUAGGAGUUGACAGCCCGGUCCAUGGAAUAGAUUGCCUUUCUCACAGGGAAAGGAAACAGGGGAAGAAACGAUUCAAGUUGAGAUGAACGACAGGCCGACCAACUGACCCAGCUGGGAGCACGAUUACAAGAGCAUCCUUCAGAGGAAUUCGAUGAUGUGUACAACAAAUGGCAAUAUUUCAGCGGUAUGAUACGCCCAUGCGACGAGCUGUGUGGAUGUUGUGAUGUACGGUGAACGAUCCAGGCAACCACAAACAUACAUCCGAAUUCAGAAAACCGGUUGAUUUGGCUGGAGGAACACAUACUUUACCACUGAUCUCUGGAUUAAAAGAAAUAUCGUUGCAGAAUCUAGAAAGUAAUUAGGUGGAUAUUAUUAUUACCAUUAUUGUUAUUAAUAUUAUUAUUAUUAGUAGUAUUGUCAUUGUAAAGAUGGUGGACACAUCUUGUGUUGGCUUUUAUUUGGGCAACAUAAGCAUAUUAUGGAGAAUUUCGUCGCCUAAUCGCUACGACCUGGAUAAAAGUCACCUUUAUGCAAGCAAUCCACAUCACUCUCAUUCUUCAUAGAAAUAUAUCAAUAUCGCUGUAUCAUAAUAAUCCAAUACCAAGCCGAAGUUUUGUUCAGCUUGUCAUACAAUUCUAUUUAUAUACGCAUCUGACUCCCGCUUGAUGAUUCAACUGCUCUAUGAAAAUAAAAUGUCUACUGUUAAAAUGACAAUUAUGGAAAAUGAGGACGAAAUGAUCGAAGUAAGCACUUGCACAUGCGGUUCAUAGAAAUAACACGAACCGACAGUCGCUUUGGCUUAUGACGUGGAUUAAAUUGCAAACAGUAGACUUGUAGUGGCUAUAGUAACGUUUAUCGAUUAAAUAUUAAUACGCCGAAUAUAUGCCUUUCUCGAUAUGCAACGCGAUAAAUAUGUGGCGUACAUUAUGUAUGUCGAUUAAAGCUAAUGACAGCCACGGCUCUGUGUGGCCUGUGUCUCUGUGUCAUGUCAUGUUGUGAUUCUCAUCUUAAAAUGGACGCGUGCUUUCCUUGAACUGUCUUAUAGCGUUCGCAAUGUUUCGAAUUUAUACAACACAAGAGACACGUAAAGUGAAUAUCACAAAUGUGCAAAUAAUUGUGGAUAUUUUGAGAUCGCGAGCUGGUGCAUCUCUGUGAGCCAAUCAGAGCUGAAUGUUUGAGGAUGCCUUAAGCCUGCGCAUGCAUGUGUUUAAGGCUAUGAAUAUUCAUUAACAUUCAUUGCAAAAAAAGUUUAACAUCGAUGUACGUUUACAAAUAUGACAGUUUUACAUGGAUCAGAGGAUUAGAGGUUAAGACAACAUUCCAGUGCAAGCUAUUUAGGUAGAACCUAACCCCUACUAGAACAUGAUGAUGUGUGAUGUAAGGCAAAUUAUCAGAAGACCCAUCUAGUUACUGUAUUAUCUUUAGUAAUAUUUGCUUACUUCUGGAUUCUGCUGUUAAAAAGAGAAACCAACCAAGCAGUGUCUUCAAUGAUUCUUCAGAUGGAAAAGCCCAAUGCUGCAUCAAGUAACCAAAAAGAUAAGAUUCUCACACCUUGAUGGACUGGAUAUUCUCACCUAAUCUCAAGGACUUUGGUUUCUCUAGCAAAACUCUUUUUCAGUGUCAUCAUCUAUAAAUCUAGAACUAUAGAGCAUCAUCAUAUUAGAGCUGUUAGCACAUACUGACUGACUAAAAUGGCUCUAUAAAUGUUAAGACACACACAAAGUGUGCUGUGGACAAUCCAAGCAGUCGGUGAGGACAGUGCAGUGGAAGCCCAGCAAAAGCUUUACUUAUUGAUUUUGUUCCUCAUCAAGAAGGCCUGCACUCAGUAGAUGGGCUCUGCAUGGAUAUUGUGCGCAAGUUGACAGAGGGCCUCCUCCAGCCUUUGAGACCACAUCGCUGACCUGAACACUCAGUGAUGGAUCCAUAUACGAGACUGAGUGGAGUAGGAGCUGGAGGUGGUGGCAGUGCUGCCCCGCUACCUUGUACCAGUAGGGGAGGUUCCUGUGGACCCAGAGUUCCCCCUGCCCUCCCAGCAAAUGCAAACUCAAUACCCUGCCUGACACACAACAGCAGCAGCCAGAACUCCUCUACUUUUUCCUCUUCAGUGGACUCCCCAGAUUCCCAUCUUCCUCAUCAUCAUGAAGGCAGUAACACGUACUGGACAGCUGUCUUUGAUUAUGAGGCCACAGCGGACGAGGAGUUGACCUUGCGACGUGGCGACCUACUGGAGGUGCUCUCCAAGGACUCAAAAGUGUCUGGAGAUGAGGGCUGGUGGACUGGCAAGAUCCAGGACAAGGUGGGCAUAUUUCCUAGUAAUUAUGUGACCCGACGGGACACCAGCUAUCCAGCGUUGCCUCCGGGAGGUCUGGUCGGUGGGGAGUCGCCACUGGAGAUUGAUUUCUCAGAGCUGUGCUUGGAGGAGGUGAUCGGUGCUGGAGGCUUUGGAAAGGUGUAUAAGGGUGUGUGGCGAGGUGAGGAAGUAGCUGUUAAAGCAGCUCGUCAGGACCCAGAUGAGGACAUCAGUGCUACGGCAGAGAACGUGAGGCAGGAGGCCAGACUCUUCUGGAUGCUCCAACACCGCAACAUCAUUGCCCUCCGAGGUGUUUGCCUGCGGGAGCCAAAUCUUUGCCUGGUUAUGGAAUAUGCCCGUGGCGGGGCACUUAACCGGGCACUUGCUGGGAAGAAGGUGCCUCCUCGGGUACUGGUGAAUUGGGCAGUGCAGAUUGCGACAGGAAUGGACUACUUGCACAACCAGACCUUUGUGCCAAUCAUCCAUCGAGACCUCAAAUCAAGCAACAUUCUGAUUCUGGAGCCUGUGGAGAGAGACGACCUGAGCGGGAAGACUCUGAAGAUCACAGACUUUGGGCUUGCUCGGGAAUGGCAUCGCACCACGAAGAUGAGUGCAGCGGGCACGUAUGCCUGGAUGGCUCCCGAGGUCAUCAAGCUGUCCCUGUUCUCCAAAAGCAGCGAUGUGUGGAGUUUUGGAGUGUUACUCUGGGAGCUGCUGACUGGUGAGGUGCCAUACCGUGAAAUCGAUGCUUUGGCUGUGGCCUAUGGAGUUGCCAUGAACAAGUUGACCCUUCCCAUCCCCUCCACCUGCCCUGAGGCCUUUGCACAGCUGCUGGGAGAGUGUUGGUGUCCUAACCCACAUGGACGUCCUUCUUUUGGAAGUAUCUUGAAAAGGCUGGUGGACAUUGAGCAAUCAGCCAUGUUUCAGAUGCCGCUCGAGUCUUUCCAUUCCCUGCAGGAAGACUGGAGGCUGGAGAUCCAGCAGAUGUUUGAUGAAUUGCGAGCAAAAGAGAAGGAGUUGCGAUCCUGGGAGGAAGCUCUGGCGCGGGCAGCCGAGGAGCAGAGGGAGCAAGAGGAGCAUCUGAGGAGGCGUGAGCAGGAGUUAGCCGAGAGAGAGAUCGACAUUGUGGAGAGAGAGCUCAACAUCAUCAUCCAUCAGAUGUAUCAAGAGAAACCACAUGUGAAAAAACGCAAAGGCCACUUCAAAAAGAGCAGACUGCUCAAACUUGGCAGGGACAGCAACUGCAUCAGUCUGCCAUCUGGUUUUGAACAUAAGAUCACGGUGCAAGCGUCACCCAGCGUGGACAAGAGGAAAGGUCAGGGUAGUGAAAGCACAACUCCUCCAGCCAGCCCAGGGGUCAUUCCUCGCCUCAGAGCCAUACGCCUGACGCCCAGUGAUGGAAGGAAGACGUGGGGCCGGACGGCAGUGUGUAAGAAAGAAGACCUAGGGACCAAGAAGAAGGGCCGAACAUGGGGGCCCAGCUCCACACAUCAGCGCGAGAGAGUCGGUGGAGAGGACAGGUUAAAGUCACUUGGGGAGGGUAAGGUGUUGUCCUCCAGCGCUCCAAAUCUGGGGAAGUCCCCAAAACAUGCUCCUAUGACAGCUGGAUUCUCAAGCCUAAAUGAAAUGGAGGAGCACUGUGAGUUUGAUGACAGCUCCCCAGGACGUCUGGCUCCUGAGCUGGGCAGUAAUGGAGCAAUGGAGGAGGUGGGUUUAGGGUCAGCGGGUGUAGGGCCGGGAACAGGCUCACAGGAUUCAGUUCGGCGCUGCAGCCAGAGGAAAAAGAGUGACCUGCUGCUGCUGGGCUGUGCCUCCAUACUGGCCGCUGUGGGCCUGGGCUCUGACAUCUUCCAGCUGGGACGACAGCAGAUGAGUCAAGAUGAGCAGGACCUGCGAGAGGAGCAGAGGAAGAAGAAGGAGGGUUUGUUCCAGCACACGGGCCGAUUCAGACGCAGCACCUCUCCACCCAGCCGCACACUGUCACUCUCCCUGUCCCACAACCGCCAUCAGGACUCCACCCUGCCCAGCAUGGACCCGUCUCCUUCCGUUACCGUCCUCUCUUUGUCCUCCCUCUCUGACUGCAACUCCACCAAGUCCCUGUUGCCCUCUGAUCCUGAUGACUUUGCCCCGACCCCUAGUAGUGCUCACUUGGUGGUCUCUCCCGCGCUGUCAUUAAACCCUCUGCUGGACCUGAGGGCGGAGAGCUUCAAACGAGAGCCCAAUCAGUCCCUCACACCCACCCAUGUCUCUGCAGCUAUGGCAUUAAACCGCGGGCACCGCCGCACGCCCUCUGAUGGGGCCAUCCGUCCUCGAGCGCAGACGGUCGUGGGGCAUCGGCGCACCCCCUCUGAUGGGAGUAUGCCCUUCCCACCCGCACAAGCCCCAACCAUUACACCAUAUACAGGUUCUCAUGAAACUCUUGACAUUCCACGCCUGCCUGACCCAUCCAUGGUCUAUCCCUCAGCCAAUCGGCGCAAACCUCCUCCUCCCAUCCCCAUCCCCGUGCCAGAGCCAGACAGCCCUACAGGCACACUCGAGCGUCCCAAAACCCUUGAGUUCGCUCCUCGCCCCCGACCCACCCCAGCUCGGGCACGUCCGGACCCCUGGAAACUAUCAUCUCUGUCCCAGACGCUCAGUUCGUCUCCAGGUAGCAGCUGCGACAGUCCGCUGGGCUCGGGUGACAGCGGAGUGAGCGCUGGAGCAGGUGUCGUCCAUAAAAACCUUCUCGACAUGGACAUGGAAGGCCAGAGCCAGGACAACACCAUCCCCCUGUGCGGACAACACCAAAAGGCCACUCUAUGCGGACAACAUUUCUCAUAGAAAGACUUCUGUCCCCCACCGUCCGGGCUGAUGCACCCUGAACCAGCACUCUGUGGCCGUCAUAAGAGGUUUCCCCACAGUUUGCCCCGUGAUCCCAUCAGACCAUGCUCUCUGGCAGCUCUAAUGGAAAAGCUGCCCUCUGCAGUAGCUAGACAGCCGCCUUCUGGACAGGUUAAGAGAUAAAUGACCUUGAUUUGUUUAUCUCAGCCUGUCCUCAAUGACUCAUUCUCUGUGUGUUUAAUGGGCCUCAUAACGGCUGCGAUCGGUUGGUUAAACAGUGGCCUGUAUUGAGCAGGAGAGGGCAGUCUAACUACUGUAGGUCUGUGACCUUCCUUGUUUGUCCAUAUCUCUGUUAUCCUAGGGCCAGUCUCUCUCGCCUCUUCUUCUUCAUCAUGGUCUCCAUGGGUACAACCUGUUUUUUGGCCUGGAAAAAAACGCCAUUUUUUCCCCCUCCAGUGUGUACAUCAUAAAGUUCAGCGAUGCUUUCUGUGUUUACAUUCAGGAGAAUUGUGUAUGCAGUUAAUUGCAAUGACACAGGGAGCUCUUUUGCGAGUUGCAUUCAUUGUAAUAUAUUGAUACAAUAUAAAAAUAGGUGUACCACAAGAAUUUUAUAUUUUUCUUUUUUUGAAAAUAACAAACAAACAAAAAAACAGACUACAUCUCAAACUACUCUCUGCAUGACCUAAUCAGAAUGUGAGAGCAGUCCAAACGUGAAAAGAAACAUGAGCAGAUGCUUUCUCUCCAUGUGUGGAAGUACUUGGCACUUUCCAAGGAUAGGGUACACUUUUUUUUAAAGCAUUAGAGGCAUAAAUCUUAUGUUUUUGGUCACGAAAAGCAGCUAAUAAAAAAAAAAGAAAAAAGAAAACUUCAAAUGUUUGUAUUCCACUUAAAAUGGGAAUUUUGGCCCUUCCCACCUCAGAAGCCUCAAACUUUUGGAUGUAUCCAACAAAUAUAAUGCUAAAUUAUACAUAUACACAUUAUACAUAUAUCCUAUAUAUGUAUAUCCUAUUUAUCUGUCUCACAUUUUGUGUACGACCCUGCAUGAUGUAAUACACAAAAAUUGUAUUGCAUGUUCUCAAAUUAAAUUUGACCCGCUCAACUUUCAACUGUUACCUAUGGUAUUAAAGAAAAAAUAAUAUUUGUCUUUAAUUUAUGGGAGAUAAGUGCAUGGGAAGUAACUACAACUCACCGUAUCUGCCCCUAUUGAUAGCCCCAUUAGCAACACUUUUUUCUUCUUUUUUAAAUUUUUUUAAAUAUAUUUUGUCCAUUUAUUUAGCUGUUUAUUGCAAGGAAAAAUAACUAAAUUAAAGGAACCAGGUAAACUCUAUAUAAACCCUAUUUAGUGAUU